GUGAUCUCUCUCCCACACCAGCUCGCCGAUUUUCUAGUCCUCCCUCCCGUCCCGGCACGAAAGCCCCAUUUCCGGUUCCUUUAUCGCGCCAAGGCAGCAGAGCACCGCCCGCCAGCAGCAGCACCCGGUGGUGGUUACACCGAUCGAGACGGGAUGGAAGCUGCGGCAUCUCAGCUCCGCCUCGUUUGACCUGCUACCAUUCUAUAAUCGAAGCCGAAGAAGCUCCCACGCAGAUCGCCCGGCGGCCACGUUGCCCGUGAACUGGUCAAGUACGGGAGGGCGGAAAAAAAAAGUGGAGGGAAUCGUUCAACAGCUAGCUGCGCAGCGCACGUACCAGAUGGGGCUGUUUGCCUGCCGUGUUGCUUGAGUUGAGGUUGCCCUCAACGCCAAGCUAGGCAGCUUGUUCUUCCUUCCUGCUGCCUCCUGUGGCUACGUUGCCGUGAUCGAGCUACGGAAAUGGAGGGUGUUUCUUGCGGUGGCGUCGGGCAGAUGGGUUGCACUUCUUCGGCGGCGGCAGCGGCAGGGCAGGGCCGGGGCGGGGAGGUGGGGAGGGUCGGCGCGACUAACAUCGGGAGGCUGCGGUGCGCGCGGCAGCAGGGGAAGGCGGCCGUGAGGGGCGUGGGCGUCACGUCCUGGCACCUCAGGGUGUUCGCGGCCGUCGUCGGGGUCAUGGGCUGCGUCUUGCUCGCCGCCUCCCUCGUCAUGUCCGCGGUGCACCAGGUGCAGUUCAGGAACAGCACCAUCUCCAGGAACUUCAGGGGGCUUCAGGAGCUUAAGCAAAACAUUAUAAGGAAGGAACAAGCAGAGCAGAUAAUGCAUGGAAGACUUCUUCAUAUGGCAACAUCAGCUGUCACAAAGAACUUCUCUGAAUCUGAAGAUUUCACGCUAUGGGAAGAGCCCUACAAACAAGCGAGAAAAUGGAAGACGUGUGCUGCUAAGCACAGUUUGGCAGAUGAGGAGCCUGACGAGAACAACAAUGGGUUCAUACUGGUCAGCGCAAAUGGCGGUCUGAACCAACAGCGUGUGGCUGUGUGCAAUGCUGUUGUCGUUGCUGCUCUGCUUAAUGCUACACUAGUUCUUCCUCGGUUUCUUUACAGCAGCGUGUGGAAGGACACAAGUCAGUUCGGCGACAUCUAUCAGGAAGACUACUUCGUGAACUACAUGAAGGGUGAUGUGCGUAUUGUGAAAGAUUUACCACCACAGCUUCAGUCACUAGAUCUUGAAGCAAUUGGCAGCCAGAUCACUGAUAUGGACAUCUCGAAAGAGGCUGAACCGUCUGAAUUUGCCAAAUCUGUACUUCCCAUUCUUCAGCAAAAUGGCGUCGUUCAUUUCCUCGGAUUCGGAAACCGGCUUGGGUUCGACUCAGUUCCUGUCCAUCUGCAGAGGCUGAGAUGCAGAUGCAACUUCCACGCUCUCAAGUUCGUCCCUCAACUCCAAAAAGCCGGCUCCCUGCUGAUCCAGCGUCUGCGCAGAGUGGGCGCGAUGCAGACGGAGAUGGACAAGCAGCUGUUCGGGAACAACAUGGCGGGCCAAGCCUUCGCUGAGAGCCAAACCGCCGGCGCGCCGAACAGGUACCUCGCCCUGCACAUGAGGUUCGAGGAGGACAUGGUCGCCUACUCCCUCUGCGACUUCGGCGGGGGAGAGGAGGAGAGGAGGGAGCUGCAGGCGUACAGGGAGACCCACUUCCCCGCCCUCGCGAUGCGCCUCCGGAACACCUCGGUGUCGCCGGAGGAGCAGCGCAGCCUGGGGAGGUGCCCGCUGACUCCGGAGGAAGCGGGCCUCGUCCUCUCCGCGCUCGGCUACGACCGCCGAACGUUCAUCUACGUCGCCGGAUCGCGGAUAUACGGCGGCGCUCCACGGCUGCGCCCCUUGACGCGGCUGUACCCAAAUCUGGUCACCAAAGAGGACAUCCUCACCGCCAAAGAGCUCGCGCCAUUCAAGAACUUCUCUUCACGGCUUGCAGCGUUGGACUUCAUCGCCAGCGCCUCGGCGGACGUGUUCUCUGUGACGGACUCCGGCAGCCAGCUCUCGUCGCUCGUGUCGGGAUACCGCAUCUACCACGGCAGGGGCCGCGCACCGACGCUGCACCCGAACCGGAAGCGGUACGCGCAGAUCCUGUCCGAGGAAGGAAGCAUCGAGUGGAGCGCGUUCCAGAGGAGGGUGAGGCAGAUGACGGCAGAGUACAAGCGAGUAAGCCCGCGGCCGAGGGGCCGGAGCGUGUACCGGCAGCCGAGGACGCCCGGGUGCAUGUGCAGGGCCGGCGGCGACGGCAGCGUCGACUUCUGAUCCUCAAGGUUGCAGCGUCUGUUGGGAUCAUACGGUUGUUCUGUUCCAUUAUUUUGUAGUUUUGUGCAUAUCUUGCCUGUAAAUUUUGGAUUCUUUCAGUAGCUCUAGGACAUAUGGUAGGAAAGGUGAUACCUUUUUUUAGUCCUACAAAUCUACAAUACGACUGUAACACAGAGCUUUACAAAGACGAGUUGUACAAAAGUUUGAUACAUUCCGGUGAAUUUAGUCAGUUUUCCUCAAAAGUACUUUUCCACAUCAUUGUAUUUUUAGGUAAAGUACAAUAUGCUAGCGUUUUUUGUACUUGUUUGAGCGUGUCACUUAUGACUAUGAGCUCUAAAAAUAUAG